AAAAUAAAUAUAAAAAGGAAAGAAAAAUAAAGAAAAUAAAGAAAUGAAAAGAACAGAAAAAGAAAAGUCAAGAAAAAACCAAACCCCCCUCUAGGUGGCGCCCUAUGCAUCCACCUGUGUCACCUGUAGGAAGAUCCACCUCUUCCCAGUGACAAAUCUUCACACUGCCUUAAAACAGCUCUAAUGUUGUUAGAAACAUUAAAUCAUGUUCUCAGAACAGUCUGACCAAUAGCUGCCAGGUUUUAACAUCCGCAGGUCGAGGAUGUUGGCAAACACAGGAAGUCUGUUGACUAAUGUUCAGGGCAACAACAGUGAACCUCAAGUGUACCUCUUCACACUGAACAGAUUUGCACACAGGAUGGCUGGAUGUGCUGCGAGGCUGCUGCUGCUGUUAUCUUUGAUCACAACAGGUGUAAUUGGAGAUGAUGGUCUGAUAUGUGCUGAACGAGUUUAUGAUAUUACAUUCCCAUGUGAGGACAAUUUAGUCUGCUUUUAUAUAUGGCAGCUCAGCACAAGCCAGAGCAGUGAUCACAUUGCUAUAGUCAGUAAUGGAGAGAUCCAGACUGCUGCAUCAGAGGACCAGGGCUCUAAAUGCACUCUGCAAAUCACAGAUCUAACAGCGGAGGAUGUCGGACAUUAUCGCUGCCAACAAAGGCCAGACGUCUUCUCUUCUGACAUCACCCCCACAGCCAUGCCAGAGUUAAACCUCAUGCCUGGUAAAACAGUGUCCCUGCAGUGUAUUCUCCUCUCCUACGUAGAGGACGGACAGUGCCAAACACCGCUACACCAGGUCAGCCUGACGUGGGUGGAUGAAGCUGGCACUGAAAUACAAGAGAACUCACAACAUCAGAUAAGAAAGGAUUCUUCUUGUGCUGUCACUCUGACUGUCACCCUUAAAAGUCCCAAAAACAAGAAGUUUAGGUGCCAGGCGACUGUGGACGACGAAGUCCAGACUUCAGUGGAGUUGCGGGUCCGAGUCCCAGCUCUCAAAGGGAGGGGAAGAGGACUCUUCAUAGAGCUGGAACCAGAAGAUCAAGGUGGCAACCAGGACACGAUCGGCGUGGCUGUGGGGGUGGUGGGAUGUCUGGUUUUGACAGUGCUGGUUGCAUUGUUUGCUGUGAACAGAAGAAGAACAAGCAGCCAGCUGCCGGAUGAGUCUUGUUACACCAUCAGUACCAACAAUAUUAUGAGCGAAGAGGACGUGAUCUACGCUGACAUUAUUCUACCCGUGGCUCCUGACAGAGUGUGGGUCCAUGAGUCCACUGAAUACGCCUGUGUCCUAUACAAAUAGACUGCUAUCCAAAAUAUAACCUGCAGCUUAUGCUUUCUUUAUCUGUGAGCUCCAACUGUGUGUUUUAAUACUGUGAUUUGCUCCACACCAUCCCUGCACUGUAACUAUAGUUUGUAGGCUGCUUAAAUCAAGAACCUAACAGACAUUUUGCCCUUUGACUCGCCAUUUUGUAUUUUAACUGUAGAGACAUGUUACAUUAAUUUGAAUAGUCUACCUCAUUAUGUUUUACUUCUCCUUUAUAGAUAUUUCAACAAUGUAUUUCCUCUCUACCAGAGGAUGUAUUCACUGAAGUUUGUGGGGUUUGUUAUUUUCUUUGCAAAACUGUGUUCAGGUCUAUA